AUGUCUCACCACAGACACCUAUCCGAAGACGCAGCCAUCUUCUCCCCCUCCGUGGCCCGACAAGCCGCCUCUGCCGCUCGUGACUGGUCCUACAUCGACUCAUGGCUAUCGGCCAAGUACGCCGGCCGUCCGGUGCCGUCGUUCGAACGCAACCCCGAAACCCUGCAGGCGCUCCUCGCGCUGGCGGCAUUUAACGAAGUCGCCGACGAGGAGAGACAGAUGGUCUCCCGCGCGGAGAAGGAUGCCCUGAUUGAGCUCGAGAGUAUGGACGGCAACAAGACGGAUGGCAACAACAAGUUGAGGGAUGCCAUCCUCGCCGCCGUGGAGGACGAGCUCCCCCAUGAGGGUCAGACGGCCCUCGAUGCCAUGGCCAGCAUGGCCGUGCAGGCCGGCAUCGCCCACCCGGAACCCGAGGACCUGGCCCGCAGCCUCAUGCAGGCCCAGCGCCGUGUCCACGCCGCGGAGCAAAUGCAGGCUCGCGUCGAUGCGCUGCAGGGCUACGUAGAGGCCGAUGUCGACCGCAUGGCCGACCUGGUGCGCGCCCUCGACACCCGCGACGACUACAGACCCCCGGCCCACAUGGCCAGGGAGAACCUCGACCUGCAGCGCAAGGUCAAGACCAUGACGGCCCAGCUGCCCGAGCUGCAGGGCCGCGUCGCCGCUGCCCAGGCCUCCUCUGCCAACCCACGCGCCACCAUCGAGGACGUCUCCCUCCAGGAGCAGGCUUACCUUGACCUGCUCGCCCAAAAGAAGCAGCUCGACGCCCAGAUAUCCGCCUUUGCCGGCCUGCCCAGCGAUCCCGACCUGGCUCGUGACGAGCUCGAUCAUCUCCGAUCCCAGCUGCGUCGUGCCACGUCCCAGCGCGAUGCUGUCUUUGAGGGUCUCGUGGAACGCGAAAGUCCUGUCAAGCGUCGGCAUUGA